AUGGAGGCCAUACGUGUUUGCUUGGCGCUCGUGCUCUCCCUCUAUCUCCUAGUUCCCAGCGCAUCCGCAAGUUCACUCAAAGUGGGAUUCUACAAGCGGACGUGCCCCGAGGCGGAGACAAUCGUCAGGAACGUCGUCGGCCGGGCCGUCGGCAACAACCGCGGGAUAGCCGCCGGGGUCAUCAGGAUGCACUUCCACGACUGCUUCGUCAGGGUGAGCUACAUCCCCUCCCCACCGUCUUCUUCAUUCCACCAAACAGAAGAGAGAAAAAGAACACCGUAAACUGAUUACGGACUGAAGAUCUCAUGAGGACCGUUCUUGGCUUUUAAACAGGGAUGUGAUGGUUCGGUUCUCCUGGAUUCUACCCCCGGAAAACCCGCGGAGAGACAGCAUCCGGCGAACAACCCGAGCCUGCGCGGUUUCGAGGUGAUCGACGAAGCCAAGGCUGUUCUCGAAUCCCACUGCCCCAACACCGUAUCUUGCGCCGAUGUCCUGGCCUUCGCAGCUCGCGACGCCGCUUACUUCACUGGCGGCUUCUUUUACGAACUUCCGGGAGGUAGGCGAGACGGGAGGGUGUCUUUGGAGUCUGAGGUCCAGGGCAAUAUUCCUCCACCCAGCUUCAACGCUGAGCAGCUCAAAGAGAAUUUCGCGAGAAAAGGGCUGUCGGUGGACGAGAUGGUGACCCUCUCUGGGGCCCAUUCCAUCGGCGUCUCCCACUGCUCGUCCUUCAACAGCAGGCUGUACGGGUUCAACUCCACCCACCAACAGGAUCCCUCCAUGGAUCCCGACCUCGCGGCGUUCCUGAAGAGCAGGUGCCCGCGUCCGCGUGCCAACAACCAGCGUGACCCCACUGUUCCCCUGGACCUGGCGACGCCUUACCAUCUGGAUAUCCAGUACUACAGAAACCUGAAGAAAGGGAGGGGUUUGUUGACCUCCGACCAGACGUUGUGGAGCAGCUCCCGGACGGCUAAAUUGGUCGCAGCCAACACGAAGAAUCCACACCGCUGGCAGGAGAAGUACGCAGCCGCCAUGGUGCACAUGGGAUCCAUCGACGUGCUCACCGGACGUAAAGGCGAGAUCAGGCGGCGCUGUAGGGUCGUCAACCGCCACUGA